UAUUACGUUUUGUAGGAGAGCAAGUUAUGGAAAGCUCAACCAAAUAUUAGCUGAUUCUUCGUACAUCAUUCAAGAUAUUUACAUUAACGAUAUUAUCUACAAAAAGGAUGGGAUUCCACAGUUUUUUGAGCAAAGUGACGGUGUGCUGCUCCAGCAUGAUACGGUUUCGCUUGUUCAAUAUCUCCCAAAAUGUCGAUUGGACACGGAGAGGGAUCAUCCAGCAAACGUCGCCAGGCCAUGUGUCGUCCAGGACUGUUGGGCAUAAUAUCCACAAUGGCCCUACGUGUCUCACUACGGGAUCGGCCCCCAACCCAGUGCUCAUGGGUCUGCGUAGCGGAGGAUUUCACUAUAGUUCGUUCGUCACUCCUUUGUGCCAAAGGACGCCCGCUCGCCGAUGGUUCAGCACAUCAGCGCAGGUUUGGAAAGACGUUGUUCUAUUCGAACACGACAGAAGCAAGUUCUUUCGUCUCUUGGCGAUCUUCUGCGGCUGUCAGUUUCUGUUCUGGACGUAUCUUGCUCACUUCGCUUACACUGGUCUGCGCAACACUGGCAGUACCAAAGAACAACACAAACAAAUAACCACUGGCUUGGCGGGAUUUGGGAGUUUUGAGAUGAACAUGGGCUCAAGUGCCUGGAAAUACGGCUUCACCCUUGGAUGCCUUGCGAUAGGGGGCGGGAUCGUUGGACUGGGUUCGCUGUUCUGCCUGCGUUCUGUCAGCCAGGUCAUGUUGCAUAAAGGCGGUAGGAUGGUGACAGUUACCACACAGUCUCCGCUGGGACUGCGCAACGGGCGAAAAAUAACCGUACCACUAUCUCAAAUAGCUUGCUAUGCUCACAGAGAGGAGACACCCUCCUUCAUUCCCCUCAGGGUGAGGGGCUAUAGAUUCUACUUUCUUUUGGACAAAGAUGGGACAAUAAACAAUGCUAAACUGUUUGAUAUUACUGUCGGCGCAUACAGAACAAUUUAAUUGGCAAAAACACUUUCGGCUAUAUAUAUUUUGUGGGAAUGGGGAAAAUCAAUUCAGAAAGGGGAUUUUUUGUGUGUGUGUAUCAAAUGGCUAAUAAUAAUGUGCAUUUUGAAUGCACCUGACGGAGGAAAUGGAUUUUGAAUGCAUUGCCAUGAGUGCACUGAUUAAAGUCUGGAUCUGAUGUUUGUGUGUGUG